UACUUACCCGUAUAACGUUGCUAGGCGCGAUGUAAUUGUCUACAAAACGGCGGUAAAGAUUCCUAUCAUGGAUACAGACAAUCCAAACGUUUUCAGAGGCGUGGAUACACCAGGACAUACGCGUGGAAUGCGAAUCAAGCGGUUGCACGAGGCAAGCAAGCUUCCAUUUGGAGUCGGACGAUGUCACGUGACCGCGGAUCAGGUUGCCAACAUUUCUCUUUACCAGCAAGACUACACGCUAGAGCAGACCGUCAGACCGGACUCGGAAUCGAAACGGAACAACCCACAUCCUUCACAACGUUUUAUGAACUGGCGUGUUCCACGUCGUCUCGUAGACGAGAAUGUCGUCCAACUGAGUCACAUAUUGAAAUCAAAAGAGUCCAAACUAGAACAGUCGACAUCAACAGAUCAAAUUAAGAAUAACAAUCGUGUUUCGUUGGACACACUUAGUCGACUGUCCAAACGGAAGUUGCAGCCACCGUAUGUGUUUGGGCCUACGCCGUCUCCUACAGGGAGCUCGUCAUCAGGUAGUGGCGAUUCAGUUGAAGGUGUGACUCAUAGAAAUGAGGGGAAAUUACAGCGAUGUCAAAUGCAGGGAGGAAAGCGAGUGUUUGUGCCAUCCGUUCUGCCAGCUGUCAACAAGUGGAUGGAGAUUGCUGACAAUAGGGACAAACGUGUUGUUUCAGACAUAAUAACAGCUGCAGAUGAAAGUGGCAUAGCAAUGGAUGCCGCCGAGAUUUUCCAUUCUCGUGCACUUCCCGGUGUCGAGAAGUGGUUACAGAAUGCAGACAAACGAGAUCGUAAGGUGGCAGCUAAAUUCUUCACCUCAUUGUCAGAACAGAAGGAAAAGACACUCCAGACAGACUCACAAUACAAGAUGAGAAUGAUGAAUGCACUGAGACUGAAACGACGACGUGAGUGGAACAACAACCAGUUUGGCAUUCUUCCUCCCUCGAUGUCUCGGCUUAUGACAAAGAGUCGUCAUCUAGCAGCAUACGGCCAACAGUUACUCGACCGUAAGGCACACCAGCUGCCAAUACCACCAAAUAAAACAGCAAUGUUCACGCGGCCGCAGCUCAUAGUUGGAAGGCAUUUCUCAAUACAUCCGGAAUGGGGACUGCGGUGAAUACAACAAGUUGUUGUUGUUUGAUGGAUAUCAAUGA